CGGCGCAUGCGCGGAGAGGGCGCGCGCCGCUUCCGCCGGGCCCCGGGUGCGCCGGCUGUGGUUGCCCAGGGCUGGAGCGCGGCUCGCAGGCGUCCGUGGUUCUUCGGCACGUGCCCUUGGACUGUCUGUCGAAGCUGGAGUCCUUCCCGAGAAACCUGGGACCAGAGCAGGGAAGACACUUGGCCAAAGUCACACAAUGAAUUUGAGGCAGAAUGAGGACCACCACCUGAGCCUACUGACUGUCAGUCCCAAGCUCCACGAUCACAUUUCAUAGGGACCUAGCUAGGACAGAGAUGUCUUCCCUCCACCCACCAUCUGUCCCAAGGGAGUGGAGGAUGGCAGCACGCCGUGCGUUAAGAGCUGUUUUGGUAGAUCUCAAUGGCACGCUUCACAUUGAAGACGCAGCUGUGCCAGGCGCACAGGAAGCUCUUAAAAGGUUACGUGGUACUUCUGUAAUGGUUAGGUUUGUGACCAAUACAACCAAAGAGAGCAAGAGAGACUUACUGGAAAGGUUGAAAAAGUUGGAGUUUGAUAUCUCUGAAGAUGAGAUAUUUACUUCUCUGACUGCAGCCAGAAAUUUAGUAGAGCAGAAACAAGUCCGGCCCCUGCUGCUAGUUGACGAUCGGGCACUACCUGAUUUCAAAGGAAUACAAACAAGUGAUCCUAAUGCUGUGGUCAUAGGAUUGGCACCAGAACAUUUUCAUUAUCAAACUCUGAAUCAAGCAUUCCGGUUACUCCUGGAUGGGGCACCUCUGAUAGCAAUCCACAAAGCCAGGUAUUACAAGAGGAAAGAUGGCUUAGCCCUGGGGCCCGGACCAUUUGUGACUGCUUUGGAGUAUGCCACAGAUACCAAAGCCACAGUAGUAGGAAAACCAGAGAAAACAUUCUUUUUGGAAGCACUGCGGGGCACUGGCUGUGAACCUGAGGAGGCCGUCAUGAUAGGAGACGAUUGCAGGGAUGAUGUUGGUGGGGCUCAGGAUGUUGGCAUGCUGGGCAUCUUAGUAAAAACUGGAAAAUACCGAGCAGCAGAUGAAGAAAAAGUUAGUCCACCUCCUUACUUAACGUGUGAGAGUUUCCCUCAUGCUGUGGACCACAUUCUGCAGCAUCUACUGUGAACCAUUGUGUGAAUCAGAAGCAACUUGAAAUGCAGCUUUGCAUCGUCUGGAAUGAAUUCCUUACCGACUCAGCGCCAGCACAGGCAGACACAGUCCCCAGCGCUGAGAUGUGUAACCCGCUUGUAUUGUGCACUAAUUAGAAAGAAAGGUAUUGAAUUAUAGCUAGCCACUAAGCCUUGCUUAUCUCUUUUGUUGUAUUUUGUAAAAGAAGAUGAGACCUGAAGAAAAGGAAAGCUGAGAUUUUAUGCCAUGCCUUUUAAAAUAUUCAUCAGAUUAGGCAGGGCUGGGAGGGAGAAGCUACUGCAGGGAGUUGAGUUCUCGGCUGUCUCCUCACUGCUAAAUUGGGAGGGUGGGUUCAGAUUGUGAAUGAAGUUGAAAGAUGCAUUACGCUAUAGUUUUAAUAUUCAGUUCAGCUGUGAAACUCAUCAAAAGUGCCAAGUAGAGUACAAGUCAGAAGAAGCAAAAUAAAUUGUCCUUUAGCCCAAGUGAUUGAAUGAAUUUGCUUUAACGGAUGUUGAAAACUAGAUUAUCUGGAGUAUUAUUCCCAGCACGGAUGACUUCUUUUUCUCUUCAUUAGCCAGAGAUGACUAAUUUAAAUUUAGAACCUGAUUUUAAUUUAAAAUAAUAUUUCCAUUAAUAACCUAUUCAUUGCAGAUACCUAUUAUAGUGUGUAACAGUUGUUUUGGAAAUUUUAUGUAAAAUUAAAACUAUCAGUAUUUUACAGAUGUUUUAAUUAGACAUUGUUAUUAACAGGAACAGUGCAGAAACUAAAAUCAAGCCUUUAAUGUCUUAUAGACCAUGCAUUUUUGAAGUUAGUGUCCACGAGGGUCCUAUUUACUGUACAUUUGCAAGAUUUCAUUAUUUUUGCCUCUGACACUAUGGGAAAAAUCUUUUAGAAGCUAUUGGGACAGAUUCAGGCUUUUAUGUACUUGGUUACUACAGCUGUAAAAUGAAAUCUCGUCUGGUAGCAUGGAUUAUUCUUCUCAUGUUAAACCCACCAAAAUGAAGGGGACUAAGUAGGUAAUGAUUUUCCUAGUGCAUUUGCAUACUGUGAUAAUCCUGGGCCUUUGCAAUUGUGUUACAGGACUCUUGGGCAUUGAAUUAUUAGCAUGUAAUUGUACAUCAUUGUAGUGUUCACCUUAUUGAAGCACACACUGAUGUUAAUGAGCUUUGGGUUUUGAUUCUUGUUUAGAUAUCAGCUUGGUCUUAGAUGGGAGGGAGCAAAGCUAAAUAAAUGGGAGCUCCUCUCAUCUCCUUUUGGUAGUUUGGUGAUCACUCUUCUU